GCGUAGCCCUCGGUUACUCUCUCUUACUCAUUGCUGAAGGUGGGGGGAGGGAGGACCUUGUGUACCUUUUCCUCUUGUGCCUUUUCUCACUUUAACAAGCUGGGGCCAAUCAUCGGCAGAAAGGAACAAAGGGGAAGGGGGAGGGAAGCCCACCCCGGCAACAGCCGCCGCCAGAAAACCCCCGGCUAGGCAGAGCCCUGCCGGUGCCCGCUGACAGCAGCGCGACCCCGGACCAGGCGCCUGGCACCGGGCUCCUCGCCUGGCGGCGAUUCCUCCUCCUCCUCCUUCACCGCCACCACCUCGCCGAGUUUAAAGGGCGACAGUGUCCGGCCGAGGGGAGAGAAACUUGGGUCGGCGAGCGGGUGCCCCUCGCUCCUGGUGUCCAGCGGGAGCAGCGGCUCGGUCCUCGCGAUCAAGAUGAAAAGUAAAAAAGGUGUAGUUGCAAUAUCGGGCAGCGAAACAGAGGAUGAUGACACUAUGGACGUCCCACUGGAUCUUUCCUCUUCUGCUGGCUCUGGCAAACGGAGGAGACGUGGCAACCUACCUAAGGAGUCAGUGCAGAUUCUUCGGGACUGGCUGUAUGAGCACCGAUACAAUGCUUACCCUUCAGAGCAAGAAAAGGCGCUGUUAUCCCGACAAACACACCUUUCCACACUACAGGUCUGCAACUGGUUUAUCAAUGCACGCCGCAGGCUUUUACCUGACAUGCUGAGGAAGGAUGGCAAAGACCCAAAUCAAUUCACUAUCUCGCGAAGAGGGACCAAGCUUUCUGAGGGCGGUCUGGUGGAGUCUUCCGUGAGCACAAAGAACUACAUUCCACUGCUGGAGGAGAACUCCUUCCUUCCUGCUACCACAGCACUCAACAAGACUGUGCCCUCUUCUAAACCUGCUUCCCCAGGAUCAGUCCUGGCUCGACCAUCAGUGAUUUGCCACACAACCGUGACUGCAUUGAAAGAUGCCCCUUUCCAUUUUUGCCAGCCAGCAGAUGUAGGCCAGACCACGGACCUGCAGCAGCCCCCAGCCAACGGCUUCACAGACAACUCCAUCUCCUACCAUGAGGACGCAUCUAAACUGGGACCUGGUGCAAAUGCACAAAGUGGGCUCUUUAACACUCCUCCUCCAACCCCACCAGACCUUAACCAGGAUUUUAGUGGAUUUCAGCUACUGGUGGAUGUUGCACUCAAAAGGGCGGCAGAGAUGGAGUUGCAGGCAAAACUUAUGACCUAAAUCCCCUUCCUUCUCCUUCCCCGUUUUGUUUUUCCAGGCAGGGAUCUAACAGCUGUGUGGUUAUUGCAACCCACACGAUAUCAAAAGACUUAUCUGCAUUAUUAUUAUUUUUUUUUAUUAAUCUUAUUUGCACAAGGGAUUGCUGAAAUGAAGCUUCCUGUCACUGAGAUGGUCUUCAGUGGAAUAUGGUCAUUCCAAGAAUUAUAAACUUAAAGCUACUGUAGAAAGAAAGGAUUGUGUGGUUUUUUUUGUUUUUUUUUCUAAUGUUUUCUUUGUAGGUUUUUCAUAAUGUGAGAUGGUUCCCAAGAUCAUGUGAUUUGUUUUUGUUUCUUUCAGACUGUGCAAUAUCUAGUAAUGAUAUAGAGUCUUCUUAUCAUUCCCAUGUGGAACAGAAUAUACCGACACGCUGUCUAAAAUAAAUUUUCAAUUUUUUUAACAAUAUGAACUUGGAUGAUUAUGCUUUUUUCCCGUAAUGUAAUAAAAUAUUUUCUUUAAAAA